UGGCGAUUUGCCAUCCCGCCAUACGUGUUAAUUUCAGGAUUGAGAAGCAGAGCUGCUGCGAACGUGUCAACCCACAACGCCAAGUCCCAAAGAUCCCUUUCAUUUUCCAUUUUCUGAGUCAUCAUUCUCAUGGAUAACAUGGUAAACCGUUUUCGAGUUUUAAAGAGCACAGAACUUGGCCCCACGGGUUUUCAGCGAUGUUUUCGUCACAGGCAAGCCAAUUGGAGUUGAGUUGAAGGCAACAAACAUUGUCAUUGAAGUUUCUGCGCGAGCCACUGAUUCUAAACAUUGUCAUUGAAGUUGCUGCACGAGCCACUGAUUCUGAUAUAGGUGCCGGCAUUGCAGAUCCUUGUAGUUUCCAUUGAAGUAAAGCUUCCCAAUCAACAGGAAAGAAACUUAUACUCCGGCCGUCUGAAAACUAUUUUUUAAAUAAAAAAGGAGACAGCGUGAAGAGUGUAUGAAAAAUUGGCUUAAUUUAUAUUAGUGUAGAAUUUCCCUUUAAGCAGUUUAUUUUGGUUUCUCCAUAUAUUUUCUAAUCAAGAUUGGAUGUGACCGAGUGAAGACACAUAACUGCACUAGGUACAUAAGAUCUUCUAGAUAAUGGAUAAUUGCUACUAAUGAUCUGCAUAACGUACACAUGGGUUUUGAAAAAAGUGAGACUCAGAAGGUGUUUUAUUUUUCAGAAGGAAAUUAAGCUCAUGCUUUUUGUUUUUUUGGCUUUUUGCCUUUUUGGGCCACUGAAAUUAAACUCCUGCUUGGUCGUGUUGAAUUAUUUCUAAAUCCUAGUAAACAUGAACGAUAGAGCUAUUAGUAUAUGAGAAGUCCAAACAGGUAGUAUUUCAUUGGUUGGCAAUGAGUUAUCCGCCUACACUCAGGCUAAAUUUCUUUUAUACACAAGCUACAAAAAAAAAAAAAGGGAAAAAUGAAGAAUGUGACGCUGUUUAUUUUCCUUUAAAUUUAGGUGGACGUUCUGCUGCCAGAUGAGCUUCCGAAUUCCUGCAUAUCUAGGAGUCCAGCAUGCUUGAGGAAUGGCAUCUAAUUAUUUAUCAAGCUUAGAAGUAAUCUAUAAAAAUUUUCACCAAUCAGCAGUGAUCAUUGCGGGAUGCUUUGUGUUUAUAGCUUUAACACUCUCCCUUUUUCUCAUCCUGCAACAUCUCAGAUCAUAUACAAAUCCCGCGGAACAGAAGUGGCUUGUUGCUGUCAUUUUUAUGGUUCCAGUCUAUGCUACUGAGUCUAUCAUAUCUCUGUGGAAUCCAAGAUUAUCACUUGCAUGUGACAUUCUGAGAAACUGCUAUGAAGCAUUUGCCCUGUACUCUUUUGGAAGAUAUCUCAUUGCUUGCCUUGGGGGUGAAAGAAGUGUUGUAGAACUACUUGAAAGUGAAUCAGGAACAAGCCUCAGAAAAUCAUUGUUGGAAGGAUCAGAUAAAAAUCCCAAUGUAUGGCAAAGAUCAUUCUACAACUUUUUUUGGCAUCCUUCUGCUAUUGGAAGAGAUCUUCUCUCAAUAGAAAAAUUUGGUCUUGUACAAUAUAUGAUCCUGAAGACUGUGUGUGCAUUCUUAGCAUUUUUGUUGGAACUCUUUGGGGUUUAUGGUGAUGGAGAGUUCAAUUGGCACUGUGGGUAUCCAUAUAUGGCAGUUGUAUUGAACUUCAGCCAGAUGUGGGCAUUAUAUUGCCUUGUGCAGUUUUAUAAUGUUACCCACGAACAACUUGAACCCAUAAAGCCACUUUCAAAAUUCAUUAGCUUUAAGGCUAUUGUGUUUGCUACUUGGUGGCAAGGUGUAGGCAUUGCUCUAUUGUGUGCUUUUGGAGUACUCCCGAAGGAGGGGAAAGUACAAAAUGGCUUGCAGGAUUUCUUAAUUUGUAUAGAGGUUGGUUCACUCCUUAUGAUGGCUAUUGCAGCUGUUGCCCAUAUGUGUGUAUUUUCCUCAAAACCAUACCAUUUUCUCCCUGCUUCUGCAUACGGGAAAGUCACCGAAGAAACAAUAAAAGGGUCCCUGAAGUUAAAUGAAAACGAGGAAAAACCAGCUGUGUUCGAAGAGACGGAGACUCGAGUUGAGGUUCCAGGAACAAGCAUCAAAGAAAGUGUCCAGGAUAUUGUUGUUGGAGGCGGCCAACGGGUUGUCAAGGAUGUGAUGUUGACAAUUAGCCAAGCCAUAGGACCUAUGGAACAAGGGGUUAUGAGAAUUCAGCAAACGUUCCACCGCAAAUCAGAGGCUUCACAGGAGGAAGAAUGAGUUGCAGAAGUUGGGAAAGAGGUCACAGGAAAUCUUACUGGCGAUGAGAAUAAAAUUGAUGUUUAACCUGUAAGAUGCUAUCAACUGAAUAUCUUUAUGGACUAAUGCUACAGCUGAUUACUAUUGCCAUGUUGAUUGUAACCUGAGGAAUUUGGGAUGAUUAUGGUGGAGUUUUCUUUUUACUAAAUUAAUCUUGCAUUGCACUGUCACUGAGUGAAAAUGAUAAAUCAAGCAUUGUGGAA